AUGGAUGUGAAAAUCAGCGAAGAAGUUUACAGACAGAAGCUACUUGCACAGAAAAGACAAGAAGUUAAGAACCAAAUUCAGGGAGCACCAAUCGGAGAACUGUCAUCACAGCAAGAGGAGAUUAUUCCAAAGCUGGAUAUUCGGUUGCAGCCCCAGAAUGCGUUCCAGCAGUUCAGUUUCUUCAGGAAACAGCCUCCACCAAACAAAAGGACACCGGAGACAUUGGCGGCCUGA